AUGCCUGCGAAGGACAGCAAAAACUCCAUAUGCCAGACUUGUUUAAACCUGGACUUCGACCUCCUCCCCGCGAAAGACCCACCAUGCACUCUCGAUGAUUACAUGAUUACGGUGACAUUCUCGGAACUAAAGGCUUCAUCUGAGAUAGGAGGGUGCUUACCAUGUCAGAUUCUAUGCACGGGACUUGAAAAAAUGAGGCAUGACUGGGACGAAGCCGAUGAAGAAGGGAUCGAAAACGAGUACUUGACUGAUAAGACUCAGCUUGGAAUCAACUUGCGUCGAGAAAAUGCUUCCAUUCCGGCAUUUGGUAUCGGCAGAGAAGUUGCUACCGAGAUGAAUUUGAGUAAAUGUUUGGAACUCGCAACUCUAUGGAUGAAAGCAUGUGACGAAGAACACGAGAUCUGCAAAAGGUCGGACGAAUCGAGGCUUCCAACCCGCGUGGUUGAUGUCGGUGUUGAUCCGAAAAGCGACACAGUACACUUGAAAGAAGCAAAAGAAACAGAUCGGCAUCCUUACAUGUCACUAAGCCAUUGCUGGGGCUUAGAACAGAUAAUCACGACCACGACGAACACUCUCCAAGCAAGGAAAGCAGGAAUCAAGCUCUCAGAACUUUCGAAGACGUUUCGUCAUGCUAUAGAGCUGACUCGGGGGCUUGGAAUCCGAUAUCUAUGGAUCGAUUCGCUUUGUAUCAUCCAAGACGACUUCAAGGACUGGGAGGUAGAGUCUGCGAAAAUGGCAGAUGUUUACAUGAACUCGCAACUCAACAUCGCUGCUACACAUUCCAGCAGUGGCAAAGGCGGCUGUUUUGCUGAAAGGUGGUCACUGGAUAGUCUAAACCAAGUGGAGCUGAAUGUUGGCGAAGAUAUUUUGAUUGAACCAGAUGAGGUCGAAGAAGCGAAGUACAAGAUAUAUGUCCGCAACGCCUUGCACGUUGCUCAUGAUCAUGUCACGAGGAGUAUGGACUAUGCGCACACAAUGGAACUUGCAUCGCCGCUUCUCGGCCGUGCGUGGGUCUUCCAGGAAAGACUGCUUUCCGUACGGACUUUACACUUCCAUGCCGAGGAAAUGAUCUGGGAAUGUGGUUUUGGGAUCUCAUGCGAAUGUUUACGGCAGGAGAACUUUCAAAAGGGUGACCCCGACGGACUUCUUCAGCAUAACGAGUCUGGACAGCUCAAGAUGAUUUACGCAUCAAUUAACUCCUCAUCAGCGACCACGUCUCAAAUUCUCGACAUUUGGCUUGAGCUCGUCAAAGAAUACUGCUCGCUGAAGCUCACAAAGCAAAUCGACCGACUAACCGCACUCUCUGGUCUCGCUUCUCGAGUGGCCACCCGCUUGUCUGGCGAGUACCUCGCAGGACUGUGGUCUCAGGAUCUCCCGAGAGCUCUUUGUUGGUACAGAGAGAGCGAUUACAGGAAUAAAAAGCCCACUUUUCGAGACAAUGAAGCUCACGCACCAUCCUGGUCAUGGGCUUCCAUUUGGAACGACCGUAAUGAUCUGCCAUUCGUCAACUACGACAUGGUCAAAGUCCGAGGAUUCAUAGCCGAUCCCAGAUGUGAAGUACUGGAUGUCCAUUGCUCGAGAAGCCGCACAAAUCCGUUUGUACUCUGUGGAGAUACAUGGCUCAAGAUUCGAGCAAACUUAAUGCUGAAGAACGCGACUUACCAGCAUAUGCGCUUGUCUUGGCGGAAAAGGGUAGAGAGUACAGACGAGUUGGUAUCUUGA